AAAUUAAGGCACAGAGAGGGGAGCACUUUGCCGGAGCCAGCAGUCCCAGCGCACAUCUGGCAGCUUUCCUCAGAGGCCUGGAAGGCAAACUUGGCAUUGUCUGUAGCCACCACACGGAUUCCCUGGACCCCCACCCGCCACCCCCAGCCAGAGCCCUGUGGCGGCACCGUUUCUAACCUGUCUUACCUGGAGCCUGACGUUAUGAGCUCUUUCCUUUUCCGAGCUCGGUCUCACUUCCAGGAGAGCCUCUUUCUGUACUCCAAGUAAUUAGAUGGCGUUUGAAUCUGCUACUAUGAAACACAAGUCAGACAAGAAAAAGAAGAGGAAGGCGAAGGAGAAGAGAAAGAAGAAAAUGAAGAAAAGAAGAAAAGCAGCAUUCCAUCGAAAUGGAAAAACAGUUGUUUUUCGUUUUCUUUAGGUUUUGUUUUUUGGCCGCGACCCUGGCAUGUGGAAGUUCUCGGGCUGAGAUGGAACCUGCGCCACAGCAGUGAUCUGAGCCACAGCAAUGACAACACGUCCUUAACCCACCGCGCCACCAGGUAAUUCCAGUGCUUGUUAACUGUUGAUUGCUCUGUGCUUGGCGUUUUACACGGCUUACUCUAAUUAUAGUAACAUUUCUAGGAGAAAAACACCAGUAUUAUUCCCAUUCUGCGGAUGAGAACUCUCAGGUCUGGGCUCGAAAGCUCCGGGGUGAGGCGGGGGGUGCGGGAAGAGUGGGAAGAAGCGCUACGACCUCAUCAUAAGUACCGCGACUACCCGAGGCCUGGUUUUAUGCUUCUAAGCACCCGGUGCAAGAGAAAGCGGAAACCAGCCACUGAGACACACCGAAUUAUCUACAGUUCCCGGCAGGCUCCGCGCAACAACGCUCCCUUACGACGCUCUUGAACAGGAGGGCAAGCCGCUCUGCCUCUUGGGAGUUGUAGUCUUGCCGCGAAGGGAGGCCAUGCUGUGAAAGGGUGGUGGAUCCGGAGCCAAUGAAAAAGCAGAUAUGGGGUCGAGGAACCAAUGGGCUGCCGGCCUCGAAAGGGAGGGACUUCCGGCAGCGAAAUCAAGGUGAGCGGCUGCGCGAGAGCGGCUACUUCCUUUCCGGAGGUGGCGGCGAACGCGGAGAGAGCGCCAUGAAGGCCUCGGGCACGGUAAGGCGAGCGCGGUACGGCACAGAGUCUGGGAACGCGACGCGACCCGAAUUGGGGGCCGCGGUAGGACGCAUGGGACAUGCUGAGAGUGCGCAUCCUGGUUAAGCCGCGCGCCGCCGCUCCUGGGUGCAGCCAACAUGGCGGCCACUGCGGGAGCCGCGUGGGAAGGCUGGUGCGUGGUCCCGUCCAGCUCCGGGAUCGCGGGGGCCAGGGACGCCGAGUCUGCUUUCCAGGGGAAGGGACGUUGCGCGGUGUGGGAGUACGCGCCAAGGGACCUUAUCCGUUUCUCGAGUCUUCGUUUCCCCAUUAGCGAAGUGGAUAUAGUGGCGGGAGGGUGAGGGUGGUAGGAGGCAAGCAGUAUUCUGUUUCUUUCCGUAUGGCUGUGAGAGAAGUAGAAGGAAAUCGUAAGUUCGAGCUGACAUGGAUAGUGGGGGCCUUAUCGCUGUGGCAAGUGCUGGGCAAAAUCAGAAGGCGCUAUGGCUCCGAGAUGAAAGUGCAGGCCCUCAGAAGAAACUGAACGGGUGGGUCAUUUCUAGCUUUCCAGUCCCAUUUUCCACACUGGAGAAGAAACUGACCGUAUCGAUUUUUUUUUUCCUGAAUGAGUGGUGGUCCGUAAGGCCGAUGAGUCAGACUGGGAGGUAGAAGGUGGUACCAGGUUUGAAGUUUGGGGCUAUUUCCUAUUGAUGUUAGUGCAAUGAUGAUAUUUGUGGAGAUGGAUCUUUUUUCCUGCUGUAUCACAGGUUUUGGACCUGGCAGACAUCUUCACCUUUGCAUCUGUGUAAACAGGGAGCUUCCACUUGGGAGUGCAUGCCUUGGUAGCCAGUGCAGGGAGCCCAUGGUUGGGGAGGGAACUUGAUCCUGGUUCUGCCUGGCGUUGGCAAUGAGAUCCUAGGCUGGUCACUGUCACUGGGAUCUAGAAUAAAAGAGGAUUUUUGGUAAGAUGUGAGCUGCAGAGAUGCUGUGGAGGAAAGAGGCAGCCUGGCUCUUCUGUGUUAACAGCCCCACCCCACCAACUUUACUGAGCCUGGGCAAAGGGCAUACAGGCAUCUUGGUUAAACCUCCCUGCUCUCACUGCCUUUGUGAAUGGCUCGGCCAGUGGUUUGACCCACAGGCACCCAGAUUUCACGUGGGACUUGCUCUUCUCUAUCACCUGGUCCUGUUGUCAACAGGCUUGGGAAAGGGAGUAGGGUGAGUCUCCACAGUUGCCUCUGGGCCUUGGGUGCUGGCCCCACCUCACCUCUGUUUCUCUUUCAGCUGCGAGAGUACAAGGUGGUGGGGCGCUGCCUGCCCACCCCGAAAUGCCGCACACCACCCCUCUAUCGCAUGCGAAUCUUUGCUCCUAAUCAUGUUGUCGCCAAGUCCCGCUUCUGGUACUUUGUGUCUCAGCUGAAGAAGAUGAAGAAGUCUUCAGGGGAAAUAGUCUACUGUGGCCAGGUGUUUGAGAAGUCUCCCCUGCGGGUGAAGAACUUUGGCAUCUGGUUGCGCUACGACUCCCGCAGUGGCACCCACAACAUGUAUCGGGAGUACCGGGACCUGACCACAGCCGGCGCUGUCACCCAGUGCUACCGAGACAUGGGUGCCCGGCACCGGGCCCGGGCCCACUCCAUCCAGAUCAUGAAGGUGGAGGAGAUUGCAGCCAGCAAGUGCCGCCGACCAGCAGUCAAGCAGUUCCACGACUCCAAGAUCAAGUUCCCGCUACCCCACCGGGUCCUCCGUCGCCAGCACAAGCCACGCUUCACCACCAAGAGGCCCAACACCUUCUUCUAGAUGCAGGCCCUCCCUGUCCCCAGGUCUGCCCAAAUAAAACUUUUUGGGAAAACCAG